UAUUUGUUUGACAUGGCUUUUGUUGUCGUUACUCCUUCUCCCACCAUUUUCAUUCGCUUCCAAGCUGAAGGAGUUAAGAAAUUGCAGAAAUGGAAAGAGCCCCGUGAGACCUUGAUUUGAAACAAGUAGAUGAUCCACAAUAAUCUGAAUUUCGAAUUUUUCAAAAAUGGUGAGAGCCUCUGCUCUAAAACCCAGCAGCAAAUUUUUCCUGAGAAAACACAGGAAGUGGCCAGUCUCACCCCACAACACCAAAUGGCACCAAACCUUCAAUCAAAACCAGGCCUUUCAAAGCCUCAAAAAAACAUCACCGCCUCAAAACCAACCCCAACAUCUUCUCUCCACACUCAUUUACUCCUUCAACAGCUAUAACUGUGAACCAAACCCUGAAGCUUACAACUUUGUCUUCAAAACCCUGACCAAAACCUCCCAAUUCAACGACAUCGCUUCAGUUCUUGACCGCCUUGAAUUCGUCGAGAAAUUCAACACACCCGAAUAUAUUUUCGCCCAUCUCCUUAGUUUCUAUGGCCAAGCUAAGAGAACCCAGGACGCCAUUGAUCUUUUUUACAGGAUUCCAAAGUUCAGGUGCGUCCCUUCUGCUCACUCGCUCAACUCCUUGCUGUAUGUGCUUUGUGGGUCUAGGGAAGGUCUUAAAAUGGUGCCUGAGAUUUUGCUGAAGAGCCAUAUUAUGAGCAUCCGGCUCGAAGAAUCGAGUUUUCAGAUUUUAGUCAAUUCUCUGUGUGGAAUUGGGAAGGUUGGAUUUGCUAUUGAGAUAAUGAAUUGUAUGAUCAGUUAUGGGUAUGGUUUGAAUGUAAAGAUGUGCUCUUUGAUAUUGUCAUCACUCUGUGAACAAAAAGAUUCAUCAGGUUUUGAGGUGCUGGGUUUUGUAGAAGAAAUGAAGAAAAUUGGGUUUUGUCCUGGUAUGAUGGACUAUUCAAAUGUGAUUAGGUAUAUGGUGAAACAGGGAAGGGGUUUGGAUGCUUUGAAAGUUUUGGUUAAGAUGAAAGUGGAGGGAAUUAAGCCUGACAUUGUUUGCUAUACCAUGGUCUUACAUGGUGUCAUUGCAGAAGGGGAUUACGAGAAUGCCGAUGAGCUGUUUGAUGAAUUGCUUCUAUUGGGUUUGGUUCCUGAUGUUUAUACUUACAAUGUGUAUGUAAAUGGAUUGUGUAAGCAAAAUAAGGUGAAAGAUGGAUUAAAGAUGAUUUCUUCCAUGGAAGAGUUGGGGUGCAAGCCUAAUUUGAUUACUUAUAACAUUUUAUUGAAGGGUUUAUGCAAUAAUGGUGAGCUUGGUAGGGCCAGAGAGCUUGUGAGUGAGAUGACAUUAAAGGGUAUUGGGGUUAACUUGCAGACACAUAGGAUUAUGCUGGAUGGUCUGUUUGGCCAAGGAGAUAUUGAUGAAGCUUGCAUCUUUAUGGAGGAAAUGUUAGACAAGUUUCUCUGUCGUUUUUGUUCCAGCUUUGAUGAGGUAAUUUAUGGGUUGUGCCGAAAGGGUUUGGUUUGUAAAGCAAUGGACUUGCUGAAGAAAAUGGUUCACAAGAAUGUUGCGCCUGGAGCAAGGGCUUGGGAAGCACUACUUCUUAGCUCAGGAUCUGAACCUGGUUUUGCAGAGACUACUUGGACUGAUUUGGUGAACCCAAUUAAGCUGCUGAAGCAUUGACUUGCAUAUAGCAUUUGUUACAUUGUGAUGUACAGAAUCAACAGCUACAGUUGAUUGACUUUACCUACCACAAUGCAAAGCUGAAGCAUAAAUUGCUGCAUCCAUGUGCAUUAGAUUCGUUUUCGUCUAGUCUUUUGUUGAAGAGAGGCAAUUUAUUCUGACUCAGCAUACUUGUACUUGUGCCGGCCAUUUGUCCAUUUGUUCGUCCUAUUAUGUUUGGCAGAAAAUUGUAUGUACCAACCUAGAAUCUUUUGCUAUGCUGAUGCUCGUGAUCCCUUCUUGUU